UAUUAACUCUUCUUGAAUUACUGCAUGUCUGUUACUUUUAGCGUCAUACAGAAAGAUAAAGUUUUUUUUUUUUUGGGAAAACCCUUGAUGAAAUCUGAAUGUGAACCUCUUUGAACUCUUUGCAUGGGCCAGAGAAUUUAACAGAUUUUUUAACUUCUUUGUAAAAAACGUAUAAAUGUCGAUGCGUAGUUUUGAGUGAGAGCACUCUUGUUUUGUCGGGAGUCGUUAAAAAUCAUCACUAUAGGUUUUAGGUUGGUAACUAUGGCAAAUCAACGGGUUAAAAAAUCAAUGCCAAAUCGGUCAAUGUUUUACUUGUCUUUUUGGUGUGCCUUUGCAAUUUUGUCAAUGAUUCUACACAACGGUCUAACCGACGAUACGAACCAAUCAUUUGACGAAUUUUACGAAGACUUCAACUAUCACGAGCUUGAGCGGCCGUCAAUAAAAAAUAUGUUGAAAGACGUUAGCUGGCCAUUCAACGAAACCUUGACGCAUUUCAGUCAUUUAUUGGUCGAUAUAUUCAAAAUGAAUGACAGCAGCAGUUGCCGGAAUAAUGAGAAAGAUCAGCGUUGCGUCAAAGACUACACCAGUGGCGAUCCCCUUGAAGAUAAUUUAUCUGAUGGCGAUUGGUCUAGCUUUGACGCAGCUGUUACCACGGACCUCAAAGGCCUUAGUACAUCUCAGAUGAUCAGCUAUUUUCAGGAUCGCUACAAUAAUUCCGAUAUCUUGCCGUUCGUCAACGAUUCACUCAUUUCAAUUUCAGGGGCAGUUACAGAAGCUGAAAAUCACAUUGCAAAGUACCGUAAAUCUGUCCCAAUCAUCGUGGCUUUUGUUUCCUAUCUGGAAGAGAAAUCCUUCAGUCUUGGAAAGGAAUUCAUAGACAGCCAGAGCAUAAACAGCAACAGGAAGCUAACAUUACGUCAGAUGGAAACCGAAAAAGUAAAAGUCGCCGCGUCGCUUUCCAAAUUGAACGACACAAAAAAUCAACAAGUCGCCGUACUUGAUAAUUUGCAUAAAUUACAGAAGAGCCAAGCCAAGGAAAAAAAUUUUCUUGGACUGAUGUGCUGCGUUUUGAGUUGGGAUGUGCUGGCGUUAAUUGAAGAUGCCGAAACAGCCGAGUACAAAAUUCGAGAUCUUGUGGCCGAAGUCAAACUAUCUGAAGCGCAUUUAACCAAGCUGCAAAAAGAGUUGGAUUCUUUGCUGAAAGACUACGAAGAGACCGAAACACUGGCCCAAAGAGUUUCGGCUGAACAACUACAGACCAACAGCACCCUGACCCAGACUAAGGCGGAUUUGGGAGCGUCUAUUAACGACGGAGUCAAGAUGAAAAAGGUCACCACUUUCUUGACGUCACUGCACGGGAAGUUGAAGGUGCUUCAGGACUUCACCGUCAGUCAAACCCCGAAGGAUAUUAUCAAAGCCAUCAACGUCAACGACAUUCUCGAAUAUUUCGAAAAGGAUGAAAAAUCAGGAGCAGACGCAAUCACUGAGACGUUGGUUGCAAAGGAAACUGCCCACGAUUUUCGCCGCUUGAUUCGGUCGUCGAGAGAGGCGGAGUUAGCAGAAUCCUUUGCAGUAGAAUCCUCAGAUUGCCCCGACUGUAAUUAUUUAUCCGUCGGGCUCGCAGUCGAUGAAACCGAUCCUUUUCGACGAAAGCGCGCCGUUGGUGUAAGCGACAGUGACAUCGAGACUGGCGAUCAAAUGUUAAUGAACAUUUCUGGAGUCUAUCAAACGUUCCGCAAGGUGAUGACCGAUCCCGAUGAUUUUCAGUGGGACCAACUGUUUUCAGCGACAGCGACCGGCACGGCAGUUUUGAGCGAUCUGAUUUUGCUGGCCUUUUCGACUCCCGAUAUUGUCCUAACACGAACUCGAUCCUUCAACCCGAAGAAGCAGCACAGCACAAAUAAGAGUGGACCGGAGAGCUUCCGUAAUAUUCUGAACCGGAUAAGCCAUUUGCAGUACAGUGCGUUGGUCCAACAUCAAUCUUGGCUGUCCCAACUGCAAAUAAUGUCGCUCACCUUGCCCGAUUCCCUCAAAACGACCAUCAUUUUACUUCGUGCCCUGCUGGGCAAUCCGAAAAAUCCUACGGAACCCUCACCGGAGAUCACGCAACUCAUUUCUCUCCAACUCAACAACACUUUGGCGAUGGCGUCGGAAACUUUUCGCAACCGAUCGCUUGAAAUCGAAAACACCUUUCAAAAGCUUGUAGACUUCGCUACGCAACUCGACGGAGCUUCAAUAACCUGGAAAGAACGGCGCCGUAUUACGUCCAAUCCAUGUUCGUCGACGGUGAAGGCAGAAAAUAAUAACGUAAACAAGGACGAAAUUCCGGAUAGCUUGAUCAAUUUUAAUGGCAUUCAACAGAUGAUCGACGGCUGGCAGAAUUUAAUUGCGUCCGUGCGCAUCGUAACGCGAACCGUCAAAGAACUCGUCAUUCCCGAGCUGGAAGCUUUCCAAUAUUUGGUGGAGUGGAGCGUGCAAUUGGCAACCCAACGACAUGAGGCGGGAUGGGACAGCGAAUCGCCUGCCCUGCCGCUGAUUCAUCGCAUAAUCAGCCAGGCAGCCAAAGUCAGUCGGGCCGUUUACCUUCUCCAUGAAACCAACAGCGUCUACCUGAGAGUCUCCACUCGUCACCUGACACCUCAGACUAUCAAUGCGGAUGAGAUCAUGGCUUUAGAUCAUCCGUUGAGCGCCCAAGACUUGAAGGAAAAGCGCCGCGAGAUCGUUGAGGUCGGCCGACGAGAAGCGGAAUCGAUCGCUGAGCUGAUGAAAGAGGCCAAACAUCAGAUGAUUGUCAAAUUGACGGAGCACGAAAAAGUACGCCAACCUGACAAUGGGAACGAGCACUGCUCUUUCGAGCCCAAAGUAGGCAGGAAAGAUAUCAAGGAUUGCAUUCGCGAAAGAGGUUGCGAACGCUACUUUCUCAAGUCUUUUGUGUGUGCCUGAAUCAAACGACUGUUUGUUAACUCAAUGCUUAUUUUAUCUUUUUAGUGUGUUCACGUUGCUGUUUAGAGUUUAAGUGUGAAAGUAGAGCAUGCAUACCUGUAGCUAUACGUCUAAUAAAAAUUAUCCUGGUAAUUUUGAAUGUGGAGGCAAAAUUGAAUGUUUAAAAAUGGCGCGCAUUCAAAAUGCGAUAGAAUUUCUCGUCCUCGAGCUGUUGCCAGGCAAGGCGCUGUUGCGUACCACAAGUGCUUGUGCUACUUUAGCGGACUUUUCUAGUCAACCGAUUUAAAUUUAAAAUUAUUCCGUAACCACAAAAAAAAAGUAAAUGUACGUAAUCAUCAGACACAUUUGUCAACAAGAUGAUGAUGAUUAUUUUUAAAACUUACUGGAGGUGAUAACUGGGGGGCUUAGAAAACUCGUCCUCAUCUGAUUAGACCCCUGCAGGUCACAUGUGAUUUUUAGUUUCCUUUAUCUAUGACGAGUAUUGUUGUCCUGAUGGCAAACUUAAAGGGAUUAUUUGACUGAAUUCUCUAUCUCAUCUCAAACAAAAAUGCUCUCGAAUCUUUUAUUUAUACAAAUACGGGAUUAAUAUGUGGUUCGAUUCGGUUGACGUGACUAUAUCAACUGUUUAGACUGCACGACGCAAAUCCUGAUAUUUCAAUGUUUGGUUUAGAAUUGAUUUUAUCAGCAUGGGGGAAAUAAAUAAUGGUAAAAUCCAGUCAGUCAUUGAUACUUAGGUAGGUUUACCCAGCAACCAUGAUUCAGCAUUUUAAAUCUGCUGGACUAAAAUGGUAUAGAAAAACGACAAAUGUUAACGUGAAGACAAGUUGGAACAAUAAUAAUAAAGGCAAAAGAAACUUGACGUGCGUGCAAGAGCGAGAGAUCUCAGCUUUUGACAGAACUAAAUGAAAUUGUGUUUCAUCCCAUUUCUCACGAUAGCAAAAAUGUAAUUUGAAUUUCCAAAUGUGCUGAAUAAAUAAUGAUAAAAAAAAAUUGGGGAAAAAGAAGGCGGGAAAUUUAAUUUCAAAUGCCUUCUGGCUCCGAUGUCUUGUCGUUGACAUGAAUGGGCGGUCGUUUCGUGUCAUCUUUUGAUUCCGCGGCAUUCUGUCUCUGCUGUAGAGUUCACGAUGAUUUUUUCUCACGGGAUGACCAGUUCACCGUCUUCAUCUUCUCUCUUGGAAAAAUGCAGAUGAAACGAGUUAAUUUGUAUCGAAGAAGAAGUGCUGGAGGCUGCGUGAUCAAAUAGCAUGUUCCCUUCGUAGUUGCAUACGAAUGCGCUUGCACGCUAACACGUCAAAGUGCAUAGCAAUUACGUCGGUAGCACAACUGCCCAUCAUCAAGAGUGACAGAAAUCAAUCGUCCAGAGGCUGUCGAGGAUGCAGCAGUCUUUUAUCCAGCUUUAUCCGAAUUCCGUAUAAAAAGGAAGAGGCUCCAUUGGAUUUUCUGCACUCCAACUUGUUCCAUUGCCAUUGAGCGAUAUCCUCAAAGUUCUACAGAGAAAUUCAACAAAGAUGCGCUUGGCAAUCGUCGCUCUGUUGCUGUCCUGUUGCUGGUCGGCCGCCGUUCUGGCCGAGCCUGAGCCUUACUAUAAUUACAACUAUCUCAGCCCGACUUACUUCCGCAGCAGUGGCGGAUAUCCUUAUCCGUCGAUGGCCGAGCAGGUAAUAGGACCGGAAGACGUCGACGGCCGUUUCUUCAUCGCCACCGUCACGCUGACCCUCUCCACCGUGACUGCAACCUCGGUGGCAGUAACCGUGACGACCUGCACCACCACAACGGCCGCACUGUUGGCCUGCGUUCCAGGACGACGCCGUCGUGACAUUUUCCUGGAAGUCGACAAACCCGGACGUGGACUUUAUUACGACGACAACGAGCCGGAAAGCGAAGAAGGCACAGCAUUUCUGCCAAAACCUAAAGAGAUCGAGCAUCCAGUGGAACCGGCCCGUGUCGCUCGUCAAAUGACGGCCGUUCCGGUUGUGAUCGAGCCCGGAUUCAAUGCGCCCGAGGACGUACGUGGCGGCCGAUUCUUGAUGGCGUUCGCCACUUCAACCGUCACGGCCACCUCGACUUCCACCUCGACUUCCGUUCUCGUCGCCAUUUGCAGUAGCACUUCCGCUUUCCGCACUUGCGGUUAAUUUCACGCGUUCUUUUUCGGCUGUAACCCAAUUUCUAAAAAUGUCGUUGCGGUUGGAAUGCAGGACGCUAUAAUAUGGUUUUUCAUUUCAAUUGAAAGUUAAUCAGCAAAAUGACAUAUUAAAUUAAUAUUUAUAUACUUAUUCACAUUAACAGAUAAAUGUAGUUCAAUAGAUGGAAUUGGAAAUAAAAUACACAUGAGAUCAAACAAUGAAA